CAUAAAAUGAGAUAAUCAUUCUAAAAUACCCUGAUGCCCCCAACCAAACUAAUUUUGAAAGGUCCUAUGAAAAUGCAAAGUGUUCCUGAAAUCUUUGUCCUCUAAAAUGCUUCUGAGCAGGAUGGACUCUGAACCCUGUAGAACGGAGUCCAGGUAUGUGGCAAGAGCUUAUGAACAACAAAGCUCUUAGGAGUGAAGCUUGGCUCAGAAAAUUGAGAUUUGUGGCUGGAAGGGACCAUAAAGGUCACUUAUUUCAACUCUGAGAACAAGCUGAGAUCCAGGAGGAAAAAAAAAAUUCGUGAGGUUACACACAAAGUUCCUUGAUGUUAAUUUCUAGUGUCAAUGAUCUGAACAUAAGCUACGUUUCUCUGGGAGUUAAUGGAACCCAGCUUUGGGGAUUGACAUCCUUUCGGAACCCAUAUGCCUCAGCUGAACACACGGAGGAAAAAGCAGACCUUGCCCUAGAGAAUCGAGGACACUGGCAAAUGUGCGGGGCAGAGAGCCACAAAAAUAAGGAGACCUGAGAUCUCUCCAUGUAUAAGAGAGCAACUACCUGCAGGUCAAGGUACACAAGGUAAGAGUGCAGAGAGCAAGGGGAUAUACAUAGAGAGCCAAGGGCAAGGCUCCUCGAGAAGGCCGGAGAGUCGGGAAGAUCGGUGCCAGGAGGUGGGAAAUUUCCUGAGAGGAAACCUAAUGGAGGGAGUUGCAGCAGGCAGGCAGAGAUCAGGCAGGCUGGAGCUGUCAGGGAGACUUGUUUGAGGAGGAAGAGUGGAGGCUCCUGGAGGCGGCGCGACUCCAGGACGCUGCCUCACCUGGGACCCGGCCGCCGCGCUCUGGGCCGCCGUCUCGGCCUGCGCAGCUCGUGCACAGCUCGCCAGUACCACGAACCCGGAAGGGUCACCCGGUGAGGCUUCCACCAAGGCCGCCUUCACAGAUGUGGUGCCCAAGUCGAUGCCCAGAGUGACAGAUCGAGCAGCCAUGGCAGCGCUUGCGUCUGGGGCCGAGGCGCCCUCUCCCGCACACUUCGCCCAGGACCAGGGAGCCAAGGCGGAGCCUCGCCUGCCACUCUUUCCAGACACGCUGGACACGGGCGAAUUCGUCUCCCCAUUGGUUGAGGAAGGUUGAGUCGCGCGCCCCGCGUGACCGUCCCCUGCUAUAGGCGGAGCCGUGGUGGAGGGCGGGACCUAGGGGCCCCGCCCCGCAGAGCAAGAUUUGCGAAUUGGAGUGAAGCUUUGUCCUCGCUCAACAAAGUUCUUCGGGAUACCGAGAGGCGCUGGGGGAUGAGAGAGCCUCUGUGGCCCUAUUGCUGACUAAACCCUCUCACAUACCCGAGUCCCCAUCCCUGCCGAGUUGCCUGCGCCCCUCCGCUUCGCUCCAACCCCUAAUUGUCCCUCUGAGACGCGGAAAAACUACAGCUCCCAGGGUGCAUCGCGCCGAGAUCUGGCCUCCGUGAAUCAGGUGGCUCGGGUCAGGUGACUUCUGGCCCGCCCCACAGUUAAGUCAAGCCGGCGGAGAGAGGCGGGUACCGUCGAGAGCCGCUCCUGCGUCCAGUGCAACCGGUCCUCUGAAGCUAGAGGACCUCAGUUCUUUGAAAUCGAGGAACAUGAUAAGGAAGUGGCUGGUUAUUUUUAUCCUGUCCCCCCUGAAGCUUAUAGAGAAAUGUGAGUCAGCAGUCGACUUCACCGUUCCUCCCUCUGUGAAGCUGGAAAACGGAAGUUCCACCAGCGUCAGCAUCUCCCUUCCUCGUCCUUUAAACGCAACCCUGGUGAUCACUUUUGAAAUCACAUUUCGGUCGAAAAACGUUACUAUCCUUCAGCUCCCCGAUGAAGUUGUGGUGCCUCCCGGAGUGACAAAUUCCUCUUUUCAAGUGACCUCUCAAAAUGUGGGACAAGUCACUGUUUAUCUGCAUGGAAAUCAUUCCAACCAGACCAGCCCAAGGAUCCUUUUCUCGGUGAUCCACAGCCACAUCUUAAGCAUCAUAAACCAGGUGAUUGGCUGGAUCUACUUUGUGGCCUGGUCCAUCUCCUUCUACCCUCAGGUCAUCACCAACUGGAGGCGGAAAAGUGUCGUUGGUCUGAGCUUCGACUUCGUGGCCCUGAACCUGAUGGGCUUCGUGGCCUACAGCGUGUUCAACAUCGGCCUCCUCUGGGUGCCCUACAUCAAGGAGCAGUUUCUCCUCAAAUACCCCAAUGGUGUGAACCCCGUGGUCAGUAACGACGUCUUCUUCAGCCUGCACGCGGUCGCCCUCACCCUGGUUGUCCUGGUGCAGUGCUGCUUGUAUGAGCGAGGCAACCAGCGCGUGUCCUGGCCUGCCAUCAGCUUCCUGGUGCUCUCCUGGCUCUUCACCCUCACCGCCUUGAUCGUGGCCGCAGUCGGGUCCAUCACAUGGCUGCAGUUUCUCUUCUGCUUCUCUUACAUCAAGCUGGCGGUGACGCUGAUCAAGUAUUUCCCGCAGGCCUACAUGAACUUUCACUACAAAAGCACCGAAGGCUGGAGCAUUGGCAACGUGCUACUGGACUUCACCGGAGGCAGCUUCAGCCUCCUCCAGAUGUUCCUCCAGUCCUACAACAACGACCAGUGGACCCUGAUCUUUGGAGACCCAACCAAGUUUGGACUUGGCAUCUUCUCCAUCAUCUUCGACAUUGUCUUCUUCAUCCAGCACUUCUGCUUGUACAGGAAAAAACCAGGGUAUGAGCAGCUGAACUAGCUCCCAGGAACCCAGAGGAAGCAGCCCCCGCCCAGGGCCCUGGUGGGAAAGGCUCCACCAGGAAGGCUGGAAGAGCUGUCUCAAGUGCAGGGCUGGCUCCAUGUGGAGAAGCAUCCUCUUCCUCAGGGCCAAGUGCCUUAACCUCGAACCAGCCUGCCUGGGGCCAGAACUUUGCUGGGCCAGGGAGGAACCUCCCGGUGGGACUGGCACCUGAGUGUGGAGAUGAAUGGCCAGACCAUGGGUCGUCCCUCCCAGCCUCCCCAGAGGUCUCAGCCCCUCCUGGGCCUUACCGGCCAGGCAUCCGGCCCUCCUGCAUCUUGAUGCUGCAUCUCUAUUUUCUUUAAGGCUUCAGGCAGCCAUCCCAGGCAGGAUUGAGCACUGAGCUUGGACCAGAAGGCCUUGCCCCAAGCAACCAGUGUUUCUGGGAGCAACUUGAAGGACUGACCUUGCAGCUGGGAGAGCCAAGGGCACUGUGCUGCCGCUGCUGUGUCCAGAGACCAAGCAGCCAGGUGCUGUGGCCAAUAGACCCAGUGGUGCUGGUGCUGGUGGCAGAGGGGCUAGGACUUUGGGGUUAGGCUUUGGGAGCCCCACCCCCACCCCCACCCCCGAAGGCUGCAUUCUCUGAGCACUCACUGUCCUGACACUCGUUCCAUGUAACUCCACUUCCACGACAUGUGAUCACAGGCGUGCCAGGCCAGGCUCGGGUAAAGAAACAGUGUUUUCAAGCCUUGAGGUGCCCAACAGAUCUGUUCGGAACCAGACUCCCAUCCAACACUCUGGAUCCUUAUCACACGAACAACCCCCGUUGGACUUUCCAGAGGGAUGGAAUGGAAGUGAUGGCUUAGCUUCUUCUGCCUUCUGCUACCUCCACUUUCUCCUGGUCGGGCCCCAUGUGAGCCCCUGACCUGCUCCUUACCCUGAGUGUGGGAUGCAGGACACACACACACCAGUCUGUGCCUUAGAGGCCUGCAGACCUGCCGGGUGGUGAGUAGCUCCCUUGAGGGGAAGGGCAGGCCCCUCUCCCUCACCUGAGACUCCCCAAUUUAUGGCUGUUUAGGAGCCUCAGAUAAGGACUUGAGACCACCCCAUACAAUCUUCGUGGGCCCAGCCUGAUCCUAAAGCCUCUCCUUUCCCAACCCAAGUAGUUGUCCUUCCUGUGGCAGUGGGGGAGGGGAGGGGCCCAGGAUGUGCCUUGUACACGCGUCGAGCUUGUCAGUCUGCUCUCAGAUUUGUUUACCACGAUAUCAGCAUGAGGGACAUCUGUCCUUAAUUAAUUAAACCUGAUUUAUUUCCUCUGCA